AGGUAUGAGGUAGCGCACUAGGAUAGGGAAGUACUAGGCAGCAUGGAGAAACAAUACGAAACGAAUGUCGACUCUCGCUUACUCGCAACAGUCCGGCAACAAUGGGUCGAGCGUCAAGUUGAACGAGAACGUCACUAUGGCCGGUACAUCGACGACAUUCAUCAGUUGGCGGCAAAACUACCAAAAGAGAUGAAAGAGAAGCUACCCGGAGACAUACUCUCUCGUUUGGCGGCGUCUCUACUCGACGGCACCGUCUUUCAAAUUGUCCGCGAAUUGGAAGAAAUUCAACAACUGAAAGAACGAAAUUUGCUCAACAGACGUAUGAAGAUAUUGAGCAAACAAAAAGGAAGGCGUACUGAGCUGGACAAGCGACACCGCGUCGCUGUCCAUGCAGCAUCAGCAUCCGAACGGGCAACGCUCAAGUUACAACAGCAGGAAGAGAGAGAAGAGCUUGAUUCAGAACUGGAAGCAGAGACUACCCAAUGUGAUCAAGAGAUUAUUCUUGCAUUAGACCAACUGCUAACUGAGCAACAGUCGACUCUACAGCGAGCUGGAGUUCCACUGAUGUUUGUGACCAAUCGAAGUGAGGACAUUCGAUUACAGAUGCAAGUCCUGGAAUGGACACAACGACUAGCAGCAAUAGGAUACUGAUCGUUGAUAAUACUGGUCACAGGAGCAUACUGAUCACUAAGAUACCGAUGACUGACAAUGUCACUGAGAUUGACCAUAUUUAGUUGUGGAUGACAUCGCCUGUUUAUGGUGAUCACAAUUGCUAGAAACUGUAGAUGUCAAUUGCCUGAGCCUGUAGAUGUCACAAUUGCUAGAAACUGUAGAUGUCAAUUGCCUGAGCCUGUAAAUGUCAAACAUAUCUGAAGGACAUCUUUGGUAGAGAGGAAUGAUGACCUGUUGUGUGGUACUAGGUUAGCAUGGGGUUUGUUUAGUAUACAUUGAGGCGGCAUUCA